CGUUUCUCUCCGUCCGUCGUGAGGCUGGCUGCUCCUGUGUGCCAAUCUCGUCGUGAUCACUCAUCCUUUCAACCACGACGAAGCCGAUUCCCAUCUCAUCGCAACCCCCGACGACAUCAUCCCAAAAACCCAUACCAUCGUAGCAGAGGUGCUCUUCUGGAAAGGCAGCGCGCUCGACCACCCCUCGCCCUUAUUACACACGCUCUUUUCUUUCCACCUCAACUAUGACCGACUCGAAUAAGACGUCACCUCGCGCAGACUCGACAGAGGACCUCGAUGCCAGGCUGUCCUUCAUGGGCUCGUCAGCCUUAGGUGGCGAAGAUGUCAACGACGCCAAUGAUCGCUCACAAGAUACUCGACGUACAGGCACAUUCGACUCGCUCGCACCACCAGUAGCAAAGCAUGAUCCGACACGCAGAGCGCCUUCACCUCGAGCACCAUCGCCUUCGGUAGGCACCAUUGGAGGACAUCGUUCGCCUGCGCUGCAAGCUUCCCCGGACAAGGCUGUACCAGCGACAAAUGACUUUGGCGGCCUGGCUUCGACAUCACCCAGAUCAACGCUCUCCCUUGGUUUUGGCUUUGGGGGCGACAGCAACGAUGCCAGCGGCGCAUUCAAUCACUUUCACGCAUUCCGCUCCUCGUCUCCCUCCUUUGCGUCUGCUCUUUCCCAUCAGAGCAAUGGUCGGCGGUCACCAUGGGAGGAGCGACCACUCCCUGGCAUGCAUCAAGUAAUCGAUCCCAGGCCCAAUGGCGGCACUGCUUCGCCUGCUGAGCGUCCUGCCAGUCGCCUCGACUUCAGCAAGCUUCAGCAGCGCAGCCAGGCGGCCGCAGCCGCAGCGGCAGCUGCCAAAGCAUCUCCAAGUCACCGUGGUCCAACCGGCUUGGCAGGCCCGGCUACCGUCAAUGACCAGCCGCUCCUCGUGCAGCCUCGUCCGGGCUUCCCUGGAAGAACGUUCUCGGACGGCAGCGCGGGUGCUGCGAGCAUCGCAAGCGUGCCCACGAACGUCGAUCAGAUGACCCUCUUCAGCCCUUCGGCGGGCACGGGUGUGACCUCGGCCGGUAUGGGUGGAGUGGGUAACAUGGACAAUCAUGGCUUCCCGCUCAAGACGUCUCCAGAAGGAUACCCGUUUCCGGCCACGCAGCAACCGCCCGCCGUUCCCGCCUACGCCGCCACCUCUGCAUCGCAGUCCAUCGAUCGAUUUAACCAUAACAGCUCCCGAGCAUCCCACAGGAGCGUCGGACGUCCUAUGUCGCCGCCGAGACAUGACGGACAGUCGCGCUUCCGGGUCAGCUCGUCUGGGCAAACCCCUUCAGCUAUGGCAGAUCAGGAGCCGCAGCGCCGCCUGGCGAGCAUCGAGGCGGCCAUGGACGAAAUGACGCGCGGGCUCACGUCGGUGGCUCGUAACGUGGGCUGGUUGAUGGAGCGUGAGAGGGAGAGGGAGCGCCAGGGCAAUGCGAGCAGUGUGGGCUCACAAUUGCAGGGCGCCCCCGGCAACACAGACGAUUUGAGGGCACUUGGACAGCAGGUCAAUGUGCUCAGCAACAGCGUGCAGCAGUUGAUGACGAUCACAACGCAGCAGCAGCGCAGUGGAGGGCCAGGUCGAGGUGGGCUUGGCGGCGCGAACAACAGUCUUGCCGGCCUGGGUCUGAACAAUGGGCAUGGCAAUGGUACAACCCAGCAGCAGGGCCUCGCUCAGCAGGCGCCAUAUAUUGCCGCGCCGCAGCUGUCUCUCGGCAGCUUUGCAGGCACGGCGACGACGGGCAUGAGUCCUAGCGGGUAUGAGGGGGCGGCGUCGCCUGGCUGGAAUGGAGGAGGUCCUACAGGGCCCAUUGACUAUCGUGGCCCAUCGCCCCGCCCUGGUGGGUCAAACAUGCGGCCAGGCUCGAGGAGCAAUUGGGGCAACGAACAGCGCGGUGGCGGCGGCGGCGGCGAUCGAAGGUGGCCCUCGAACAUGCAGCAGCAGCAGCAGCAGCAGCAGCAGCAGCAGCCAUCUCACACUCAGCAGCAGCAUGCCCUUCAUCCCUCGGCUCUCGUUAGGAGGGAGAGUAUGAGCGGCGUCGGGGGCAGCUCCCUGGACCCUCAAGCCGCGCUCGGCGGUGCGAUGGCCCCUCCCGAGGCCAACGUCGUCGUGACCAAGUGGGACCAUCUCAAUCUCCAGCCGGAUCUACUUCGGUCGGUGCUCAAGUACGGGCUUGGUCCACCGAAUAAAAUUCAGCAACGCGCACUGCCCUUCCUGCUGCGUGGCUCGGACAUCAUUGCACAAGCCCCGCCCACGCAAGAGCGCAUCGCAUCGUACGUCAUCCCAUCGCUACAGACAGUGCUCAACACUCUGCGCAGCCCACCGCUCGCCGCUUCACCAGCAGCACAGACGGCUGGCCCCUUCGUGAUCAUGGUGACCACAACGGUGGAUCAAGCUACACAAGCUCAGCGCAUGGCUCUCGGACUUGGCGGAACUUUAGGCGUGCGAGUACACAUCUCUGCCGGCAUUGGCCCCGAUCCACUCAGCGACGCUCAGGCCGUCCUCCAGACUCGGCCGCACAUCAUUGUUGGCACGCCAUCGCGCAUGUCCGAGCUGAUGACGUGCCUGGCCAAGCAGGCUAAUCUGAGCGAUGUGCGCAUGGUAGUGCUAGACGAGGUCGAUCAGAUGAUUGCGCGCAACCUCAGUGACCAUAUCAGCACGCUCCUGCGCGUUCUUCCCUCGCCUAUCGGCAACUCUCCCCUUCACUCUGGCCUUCCUCCAUCUUCAUCAGGCCCUACAUCGCCUUUCGGCUCCCCAACAGCUGCGACAGAGAGGCAGACGGCCAUCUUCUCUAACACGGUACCGCAGGAUGUCAUCAACUUUGCGCAGAGCAUCCAUUUACGGGAGAGCGUGCGUGUACUCGUCCGCCGAGAAGGCACAACGGUCACGCAGCAUCCGGCCAGCAAUGCUGGUGGAGGCUCCGGCGGCAGUCGAGGUGGCGACGGCUCUCAUGCCAACCGCUCGACUCCUUCAAACGCUCUCGGCUCGACGCAGACCCACACUCUCGCCCGUCAAACGGCUCCCGAUCCGACCCUCGUCGCCUUGCAGGGCCUCCGUCAGUACUACCUCUACAUCGCCGUCUCAGACACCAAGUCUGCCUCGUCGACCAGUAGUGAGAUGAAGCUCGAUGUCAUUGCCGACCUACUAGAGGACAUGGAAUUCCAGCAAUGCGUGCUCUACGUCGGCUCACCCGGCGCGCUCGAGGCAGUGACGUACAAGCUGGCCACGCGCGGUAUUGAAGCCCUGGCCCUGCAUCGCGAUAUGGCGCAAGCUACUCGCCAGCAGAUCUUGGCCAACUUCCGCAGCCCGAUGAGCUCCUUCGGUCCGCAGAGAGGUAGCCAGGCGGGCAGUGCUUUGCACCGAGCUGGAGCAGGAGGCAAGCAACAGCGCAAAGCCCUCAUCUCCUUUGACACCCCCGUCCUCCCGCGUGAGGUGCAUCAAGUGCCUCUUCUCCUCUUCUACGACCUGCCACGCUCAGUCGAGGAGUACAAGGAGAAGCUCUCCUGCGGCGCCGGAGCUGGGAGCAUGGCGCGUCCCUCUGUCUGCAUCAACGUGGUCACAGCUGCUACGGUGCGCGGUGCUGCGGGCGGAGAUGUAGAGAUGUUGAAGACGCUGGAGGCGCAUCUGGGCUGCAAGAUGGCAGAGCUGCCGUUGGAUGCUAAGUCGAUUCUCAACUUGUGAGAGGAGGCGGGUAGCAGCGACGAUGAGACCUGAGGGGGCGAGCGACCCUCCCGGAUGGACUGCGGCAACAACACGAUCGCUCCUUUGCAUUCCUUCCACCUCCAUUCUCCUCCUUGCUCUUUCCUUUCCGCUCAUCCUGUAUCGCCGGUCCAUUCGAGACUUUACCUCAUCUCUGCGUUCGGCUACUCGGCACACUCUUCAGCAUCAUCACACUGUUUUCCUAGUCUGUCUCAUCGUUACCUACACUCUCUUCGUCCAUCGCGUUUUUGCCGCUCUCCAGCUGUAGCUCAAUUGGCCUCCUUAUACGUCGCAUCUAUUCAUCUACCAAUGCACAGUUUCAUCUGCUCAAGGGUCGAUGAGAGGCAGUGUCGUGCGAUUCCAUUGCGUAGUAUGUGUGUAUGACAUGCCAACCAAUAGACUUUACGCAACCGAAUGACAU